AAUUCAGUUGCUAUAGAUAGUAAACACAUUUUAAUGUUUGUGGAGGAACUGAAAUUCUUAAACCCCAAUGAUGGCAACAAACUUGGCAGCGAAUGCCGAUCGGCACAAGCGUUUCUUCGAGGAGCUCGAGACUAGAGCAUCAAUACUCACGACCAUUACGAAGCUCCACAAAAAUAUAGCAGGUCACUUCGCGACACUUGAACAAUCCGUCUCUCAGAAAUCUCAGGCCCUAGAUUCAGAAAUCGAGGCAUUCAAUUCACAGAACAACAUAACCCAUCAAUCCCUUUCUAACCGCGAAAAUUCCCUCCCAGAGAUAGAAUCAUCCGAGGCCGUCCGCGUCAACGAGAAGAAGGAUGCAGCGAUGUCGGAUAUUGAAAACGCGGAAGGGAAAGGGGAAGAAAAUGGUGAAAGGAGCUUGUCUGAAUCAUUAAGGAUGUAUUGUCGGAGAAUGGAUUCAAUAGGGUUGAUGAGAUUUCUGUUUGCUAAGAGAAAAGAAUCAGGAGUGUGGAGGACAGAACUCAGUUUAGCGUUGGAGGAGGCAGUGGACACUAUGACACUUGUUCUUGAUGCAAUUGAGGAUUUCCUUGAUAUGAAGAAAGAUGUGAGGGGUGGAAUAGCAGAAAGAAGACGGUCUUGUGGUAUUUUGAUUCAAGAAGCUAUCCCAUUAGGGGGAAGUUACUUUGGGGCAGUGGCUACUAGUGUGAAAGAAAGGGCUGUGAAGGUGUUGGAAAGAUGGAGAAAAGCAGAAGGGCGUAGCGGUUUGGUAAAUAGUAAUGGGAUGGUUCCAGGUGAGGUAGCCAUGUUUCUGCACACAGUUGUUAGGUUUGGAGUGAAAGAUUACUUUGAGAAGGAUUUCUUGAGUAAUUUGGUGAUGGAACAUUCAUCUAGAAGGGACAUACCCAAAGUUGCUGCUGCAUUGGGCUUAGGGGACAAAAUGAAAGACAUAAUCAAUGAGUUGGUGAAAAGUGGGAAGGAGAUUGAGGCUAUAUAUUUUGCUCAUGAGUCUGGUUUAACUGACCAAUUUCCUCCAGUUGAUCUGCUCAAAUCUUGUCUGGAUAAUGUCUGCAAGCGCUCGAUAAAUGUCUCAAAUGACAGUAAAUCUAGUGUUUAUGCAAUGGAAGAUGCUAACAAUGAAGAACUGACAGUCACAAAAGCUAUCCUAAAAUGUGUGGAAGAUCUGAAGCUUGAGCAGCGGUACUCUACAGAGUGCCUCAUGAAGAAGAUUGCAGAAAUGGAAAAAGACAGGGAAGAAAGAAAAAAGACUACUUCUGUGCCCCCCACAGGAAACCCCUCAGGCAAACGAUCUAAUAGAGGACGUGGAGGUGGAGGUGGAAUUGGAGGAGGAAGAAGCAUGACUGGUCCAUCUCCCUCUUUCCGAUCAGCUAAAUCAGCAAAAAUUUUCAAUAGGACGAGAAGAUCCCCUUCUUUCAACUCUAGAAUCCCAAACUCAUCCAACCAAGCUCCUCGAACAGUUGGGCAAUAUAUAUAUACUAGCCAUGGUACAUAUGAUGGAGUCAGUAGUGGUGCUUCUUCUUCUUAUUUACUUGGCCAUAAUCCGAGUCCUGCCACUCUUCCUCCUCAAUAUUCUUAUGUUCCUCCUCUUGCUGCUACCCCUACAGAAACCAGUAGCUCAUACGGACAGACUAUGUACAGUGGAUAUGAUUAUGGUGCUCUGGAUCCUUCGUCGUAUCCUCAAUACCAACAGUAGAGUGGAACUAAUUUAUUAUCUACUGUGGAGAAGAAUUAUGAUAAACUACUCUAUAGCACAAUGUAGUAGUUUCUUUCAUUAAUUUUCUAAGAUUUGAUGCUCUUAUCUAUUUUGUGUUUUCAGCAAGAUAUAGUCUCUAGCUAAUUCGUUAGAGUGUUUACUGAAC